UGUGACGUUCGAAAUGAUUUCUGCCAGCGUUUGAAUUUCACUUGAGGAAUCUCAUAGACGCUUAUCUAUUUAAUUAAAACUCCUAUGCAUUCACAAUGCGUAAUAUUGUACCAUAAGUUUUUAAUAUCGGUAGAGUGCAUGAUUCGAGUCGAUGUGUUUGAAAUAAGUCGGACUAGUGAUCACUUUAAUCUAUUGUAACUCACGCUCGGUUGACCCUGUUUUUAUACUUUCACCAACCUAUUUUCAUACAUUCAUAGCAAAUGGGGAGCAGCAGUCAGUUGUAUAGUCUCUCGUGGGGAGAAUUUAGCUCGUCUUUGGCUUCUGCCGUACAGUUACUUAGAGGACAUGGAGAUUUAGUGGAUGUAACAUUAGCAGCAGGAGGGCGUAGCUUUCCUGCACACAAGAUCGUGCUCUCGGCGGCAAGUCCCUUUUUGCUGGAUUUACUGAAGAGUACACCUUGUCAACAUCCAGUAGUUAUGCUAGCAGGUAUUGGAGCAGAUGAUUUAGAAUCAUUAUUGGAGUUUGUUUAUCGGGGUGAAGUCAGCGUCGAACCAUCUCAACUACCAUCUCUUCUUCAAGCUGCUCAUUGUUUGUGUAUUCAUGGUUUAACCCCACCAACAAUAUUAACAGAAAGCGGCGAAGAAGUACCUGUAUCUGCAAUACCUGCAGCAAAUGAAGGUUUAUCUCGAGAAACUCUUAGUUCUUACUUUCCUUUAAAGAGGAGGAAAAAGAGAAGAAAGUCAUCUUCGUCUUCAGGAAAGUGGGCACGUGGAAACAUGACUAAUGACAGUGAAAACAGGCAUUUAAAUACACAUACAGAUGAUCAUGGAACAACAGAUUAUGAUCCAAAGGAUAUCGAUGCUCAUCAUGGAGAUGACACAGGAGAUGGACAAUCCAAAACACGGAACAUGUCGGAUCAACCGAUAUCUUGUCCACUAUGUGGUGCGAUGUUACGUCAAUCGAGGAACUUGAGAAGACACUUGGAACUUCUUCACUUUGGACUUGGAAAUGGUAGCAAAGCUGGCCUACAUGUGAGACAUCGAAGGAACGACAGAGGUGGAAAUUAUUUUAGACCUUCCUUGCCAUGUAUUCGUACACCACACGCACCAAGAACGGACUCUCAUCAUCCAAGAGCUAAUGAACACUCGGACUUCCCUACGAUGACACCUUUAUCUGUACCUUCUACGGUGAGCUCUGGCAAUCUCAUGGGACCGGGUUCAAGUGUAUUAGGAUCGGCUGAACAGAAUGCACAUUCCUUAUCUACGGUUUCGGCUACUUCCUGCGGUGUUUCCAUGGGACCAGCCAACAAUGGGAUUUAUACGUCAGAUACUAGUGCCAGUAUGCUGGGCUGUUUACUACCGUCUUUGCCUUCACUGCCCUCUCUUUCGUCUCCUCAUGAUGUUUUCCGACAUGGUGAAAUGUUACGAGCAUAUCAUGAUCCUUCGAGACAACAUGCUAGACAUUUGCAACGUACCGACGUUACCUAAUUUUUAGGUUUAGCGUUAAGGGACACUUGCGUUUUAACGUAUCUAUAAUUUUAUUACUUUCUUGGAUCAUUAUUUUAUUAUCGAUUUGACUUUAUUUGAUAUAAUUUCUUUUCUUUUUUUUUUGUUUAAUUUCUAUUGACGCAAUUAAUAAUUUUUUCCUCUUUCUCUCUCUCUUUAUAUUUCACUAUCUUUUGCAAAACUAGGUGGGAAAAGUGCUUUUUUUAUAUUUAUCGUAAUAUUUGCAAAUUUAGUUGAUAUUUUCUUUUUUUUGUAACAAGGUCUACGGAUUAAUUAAUUAAUUAAUUAAUUAAGUAAUUAAUUAUGCUUCUCUCGUAAUUGUGUAUCUCGUAGAAGAGGCAAAUUCUAUUUUUCUUUCUUUUUUUUUUUAUCUUUUUCUUUGGUUUUCUUUUUAAUGGGAAAUAGGAUAUAACUAUUUACUCUGUGCAGAUUCGUCGUACGAUAGGCAAGUUAGAUUUAUGAUUUUAUUCAUUAUAUAUAUAUAUAUAAACAAUUAUAUUUGAUAUAUUAUAUAUUUAUAUAUAUAUAUAUCUAUAUAUAUAUAUAUGUAUAUACACAUACACACACAUACAUUAUACAUAUAUUAUAUAUAUUAUAUAAUAUAUAAUAUAUAUAUAUAUGUAUAAGGAGCCUGAUAGUUGGAAUCUACAACUAUAUUAUUUCUUUUAUACACGUUGUACAUAAAUAUUGUACAAAGUGAUAAAAAAAAAGCAAGGUAUCAGAAUGUAAAACACAACCUGGAUCGUAAUGUUACCAUUUUAUUAUAUAAACAUACAUAGACAAGAAGUCAAGUAAAAUAGAAUGCUUCGAAAAACGAUAUAUAGAUAUAUAUAUCGAUAAAAAUCGAAUUUCAUUUUGACCAGAUUGUAUAUUAUUCAGUAUAUCAAUUUUAUGAUGAUCUGUAUAAAAAUUCUUUUUAAAAAAGAUAACAUCGAAUGAAUGAAUGAAUGAACUAACAAAUUAUAUCUAAGGCUAGAUACAUUUGUGGAUCCCUUUUUUUUUUAAUUUUUUUUUUCUUUUU